AUGAGAUGCGUCUACGCACCACGUCAGCAAAUGGAACAGGAUAUUGGUCUACACACCACGCCAGCAAUGACUCAAGAAAUGGUUCACGCACCACGACAGCAAAUGACUCAAGAAAUGGUUCACGCACCAAUGACAACAAACAGUCAAGAGAUGGUCUACGCACAACGGCAGCAAAUGAGUCAAGAAAUGGUCCACGUACCACGCCAGCAAAUGAGUCAACAAGUGGGAGAUGGUCAAGAGACAAAGCAUCUUUCACAAGUCGAGGAAUCCGAUCGAUCCCCGCUCGAGGACCACAGGGCACCCCGAUGGCGGGCCAAUGGUAAUCGUGCACCCGACACCAGCUCUUCGUCAACAAAAUGUACCCGGCGGCGCAGAGAGAACCCAUUCCUACAAUGCCGCGCGCCGCAACGCCUUGCAUCGAAACAAAUCACUGGGCCUACCGAGCGCCUCGACUGUCCCGGCAGGAUCGAGAACUCCACUGCCCAAAAUGGCCGUCGAAAAAUCCGCCUCUCAUCGAAAAGCCGCGCUUCAAUAAAAUCGCGAAGGAAAUCGGAUCCGCAUUUGGUGUUGGAUGAUGUUGUGAAAGAUGCGAUCAACAGGAUGAGUGACGAGCUUGACAAUGAUGUCAUUGAUAAAGUUUGUGUGCUAGUCAAAAAUCGUGGAGCACUCUUGGUGAUUGCCGUCCCCGAGGCCCCUCAUGUAAUUGAGGCUUCCGACACGCGACCUGUUCGGGAUACCGCCCAUAAGAUCCCAUCUGCACCAUGUGAACUUAUUCGCGAGUCGAAGGGCGAACCGGCAAAAGUUUCGAAGAAAGACCACUGUAGCUUCGGAUGCUCAACAAGCUCGAGCUCAAUGGAGCAAGAAUCUUUCGAAACAAAGCAAAACUUCAUGUAUUGGGUGGAUGUAAACGGAGACCACCCGCAGCAGAUGAUGGACCAUCAUGCGGCAAAUGAGCAAACAGCGAGCGCUCUUCGAAUACUACAUGAACAAUCAGCGACACCAGCUGCCAAGGGACAUCCCAGGUCGGGUGGCUCGUGCUCAUCUGGCUGCCGUCUCUAUGAUGAAUACUAUGCAACCACACUCAUAAAUUCCAUCCGUUUCAACAGCAAACUCCCAAUGGUCGAAGAAGCAGUUGGCAAACGCCACGAGGUCGGACCUCGAUACCACACGCUUACCUACAUGGGAGGCGGUGCUUUUGCGAACAGCAUACAUCGUUCAAUGUUUGAUGGUACCGACUUGGUACAAAUUGUUGAAGAUUCAUCAGCUCAGCGAAGACCAUGUGUGCUACUUCUUAUAUCAUUUGUUGCGAUGAUUAAAAUACAUUCAUUCGGCAAACGUUAUCCACCGCGAUCUGAAGCCAUCAAACCUUUCGCUCAACAACACUUGCGAUUUGGAAGAUCUGCGACUUUGGCUCGGCAAGUGCGUGUUACCGAUCCACAGCAUGAUUGCACUGGAUACUUGACUGAAUAUGUUGCUACAAGG